AUGGAUCCCUUGAACCCUUCAAACGAGCCUGCGCUCGAUGUAACUCAUGCGUCAGCCAACACCACCACCACUUCCGCAACGCCGCAACCACCAAUUGCGCCCAGCACGCCCGCAUGGUCAGCGCAAAUGAACACUUUUCCUGUGAACGGUAAUGCCGGGGCAGGACCUAGCUUUCCUCAGUUCUCAGCGUCGACAGCUGCCAUUUUGGAGAGAUUGCAGCAAGGCAAGUCAGGGCAUGCUUCAACAUCAGCUGCUUUCGAGGCAAAGAAGGCAGAAAUAAUGCAAAACUACGCUACGAGUGACAAAAUGCCUACGCCGCCGCCAGCACUGACAGCUAGCAAGCGAGGCAGAAGAGGGAAAGCUGGGACGCCGUUGAAGACGGAAGUUGGCGCGUCGCCUGCAGGAGUAACACCAACGUCCGGCAGAGGUUCUGGGAGAGGGCGGGGCAGAGGGCGAGGGCGAGGGCAAGGCGGAAGAGGUGGGCGUGCCGGCAAGAGGAAGCGCUCUGAUAGCGCAGAAGAGGAGAGCGACGACGAUGACGACGAUUCCGAUGCCUCAGAGUCGUACACACCACAGACCACACGAACCAAGUCGGGACGCAGCGUAAACAAGCCAGUUGCGUUCGUCCCAGUAAUACCAGAGCCUACACCGGGCGUCAAGCGCAGGAAAUCGGCAAAGACUAUGCUGGCUGCCAAAUGCAAGACGUGCCGUCGAGACACGGAUCCGGCACAGAACAGGAUAGUAUUCUGCGAUUCUUGUAGUACAGCGUAUCAUCAGUACUGUCACGAUCCGCCCAUUAGCAAUGAGGUAGUCACAGUCCUGGAAAAGGAGUGGCUAUGCGAUCCAUGCGCGCGUUCGAAACAGAGCGUCGUGCAAGGGACAGAGCAUCUCGUGGCUGCAGAAAGUCUUUCCAUAGACGAAAAACGCGCAUACCUCUCAACCUUGACACAACCACACCUCGUCUCUCUUCUUCUCCACGCCACAAUCCGCCAUCCUGAACUCCCCAUCUUUCCCCCAAAUGUCGCCGACCUUGUUCCAGACUCUUCGAGCAUCACGUCCCAACCACAACCUCCACCCGUUCCUACCGGCAUACAGCCAACCGCUCCAGCUGUUACUCCUCUCGCACAAACACCAAACACCUCCACUUCUUCCGAAGCGCAACUAUUGCGCAACAUGGGAACGCGCGCUCAACCCCGCGUUACUCUCGAUAUGGCCGGUAAUCAAUACGAAGAAGACGACGGGUACGACACAGAUCCACCGGCUCACUACCCCAAAGCGGGACAGGGGCUUGCGCGGACGAUGAGGCCUGAGAGCGAGGACUUGCAGUGGUUAGUGGAUGACAAUUUUGAAGUGUUCAGUCAUGGAUGGAAGGGGGAUGGGAGUGGGUUAGGAGCUGACGGUACACUGGAGAACAAGGUGUAG